AUUCAACAUGGUCCAUACGUCCAUACGUCCAUAGUCCAUACGUCCGUCGUCCAUUCUUGGGGAAAGGAGGGAACAGGACCGUUUUGGUGCCCCUCCAGGACCAACACAAGCAAUUCAGAUGGAAUUGAGGUGCAUUCCCCGCAUUCAUUCUUCGAGACAACACCCCUCGCUUUGAAACGAUGGCCUUCGCCCCGGCUCCACAUCGCGCGGGGCUUCUCAGCCCCAGGCGCAAACGCAAAGCCAAGGACCCUUGUUCGUGGCGCACGGUUCUCAUCCUCUUCGUCAUCUUGUGCUUCCUUCUCAAAUUCACCCUCCAGCCCAAGGUCCAUGUUUCUUCCAUCAAAAACCUUUCUCAGCAGGGCACCCAGCUCCAGCUCUCGCUAGAAACCCCCCCCGGGAGCCCCUGUCACAUCCUAGUCAUCAGCACUUACCCCCCGCGGAAGUGCGGGAUAGCUCAAUUCACGCAGCUCUUCUUGAAUGCCACCCUCCGCGUGCAGAGCAAUCUGUCCCCUGACUUCCAGUGCCACUACUCGGUGCUGGCGCUCGACGACACCGACGACAUGACGGGGUACGAUCCCCACUUUGUCGUCGGGAAGAUCGUGAAAGAUACGGUCCAACCAGGCAUGAGCUUCUGGAACACGUCGAGGUGGAUUUUGAACCACCAGGAGAAGGCAGCCGGGCUGCUGCAAAAGUCACGGGAAGAAGGGGUUGCCCUGGGGGGCCUCCCGAAAAGCUUCCUCCCAUUCACGCAUAUGUUGACCCAAGUCGAAUUUGGCAUCGUGUGGCAUAAGUGGCAGAUGCUGGACCUCGUGCGCUGGGUGGUCGCAGGCCAGCGGAAGUUAGCCCUUCCAAUUGGGGACCUGCAAUCGGUGCUCGUGUGCCAUUCCCCGUUUGCGUACCCCCACAUUGAGGAGAAGGGCUUCGUGCGGCAUUUGGUCGAUCACUCGAGUGCGAUUGUGGCGCUGAGCUGGCAUGGGUACCACAGCCUGGUGACAGCGUACGGAGUACCAGAGGCAAAGGUCUUCUUCGUCCCCCAUGGAGUGGACCCUCCCAGCUCGCCCCAACGAGCCCGCACCCUCCAGCCCCCCCCUAUUCUCUCCCGAAACGAUCCCCCCGACGUCGCUACUCUGGAGCACCUCAUGUCGUUGCCAGCGGGGCAUCAGGACCGGCCGCUUCUCAUAAUGAGUCACGGGCUUAUCCAUAAGAACAAGGGCUUCCAGCGCAUUGUGCGGAACCUGCGGGAGAUUCUGGACCAAAUGGGGGGCAAGCGGAAGGUGGCGCUGCUGAUUCUGGGCAUGGAGCACAGCAAGAACGUGGAGCAGCACACCAUGCCGGCCCUGCUUGAAGAGGCUACGGCGCUCGGGGUUCGGCCCUACAUCACGUGGCACAGCGAGUACGUCAGCCAGUCGGACAUCAGCAAGUGGCUCGGCCUGUCAGACGUGUACGCGUCGAUGUACGAAGAGGUCGCCGCGACCUCGGGGGCGCUGCUCCAGGCAAUGGCGCACGGCUGUGCGAUUGUGGCGACUUCGUAUAGAUUUGCGAUUGAGGUCCUGACCGAUGAGCGCGGCCUGGUGGUCCCCUUCGAGGACGACUCCCGCAUCCAGGGGGCAUUUUUGUCACUGCUCAAGUCCCCCCCGCUGCGGGAAAAGCUCGGCCGCAACGCCGCGCGCUUCGCGCGCCACUGGUCGUGGGACAACGUCGCGGCGCAGUUCCGGCUGCUCUUCGCCGCGACGCAAGCGGAAAACGAACGGCGGAACGGAACCCGUUUCACAAGCAAGUAUUUAAUUGAUCCGCUGGAGAAGCCGGCGGGAGUUGCGCCGCUGACGCCCGACCCGUUCGGGGCGUCUUACCACCUCGACAGCGAGCUGUAUGGCGGGGGGGGUGUGAAAACCCCCCAGGAGUUUGUCGCCCACUGGUCGGCGGAUCGGGUGGUUACGUUUCACGGGGUCGAGGUUCACUCCGGAGGGUUAGUACCGGAGACGCAGCGGGUUAAGCCGGGGGUUUACGGGGUUUACGCGGACCGGGAGUUGCAGGUGAACGGCGUUAUAAGCAGUGCGGACAGCUACGCGUUUACGAAGGUGGCGGUUCGAUGGCGGGGGGUGAGGAUUGUUGCGGAUCACAAGACCGGGGUUAAGGAACCACUUUUAGGCGAACGGGAGGUGGUUGAGGGGCCUAAGGAAGGUAGACUAGAUGAGUAUAGGAAGUUGAUAACCUUGUUUAAAACGGCGGAAAGGAGGCGGCUUUUAGGGGCGACAGAAGAUGUUGAAAGUUUCAAGUCAGACGGUACUUCGGCGCAGGAUAGGAGAAAAGGCCAAAGCAUGUCGCCUUCCGUUGUGAUGAGUGGCCCGCUAGAAAUAGUUAGCAUAGAUCCGUCCCUUUAUAGCAGUGAGUCAAGCCCGGAAUCUUUAAGCAACAGUGUAGCCCUAGCUUUGAACAGCAGCGACUCGGAGGGUAAACUAGGCAGUUCUAGACCCGCCCCGCUUAUCCGACGUCACCUGGCGUCAUCAGACGGCCCGUUUUACGAGGAGGUCCUCCUGCGGACGGGGCAGGUGACGGUGGCCGUAACGGUCAAGCCGGGCCGAGAGGUGACCGUUACGCUGCACGACGCGAGCCGGUUCGACCACCCACACGGGUUGCUGGGCCAGACGCUGCGGUGCGCUUGGGACUUGCCCGUGCGCACGUCGGGGCUUUGCCCCGCCACUUUUAGAAAGGAGUUGUUCAUAGGAGACGACGUGGCGAGUCUUAAUCCAGACGUGUGGCGUGUGGCCGGCUCGGACGUAGCUGACGACAUCGACAGUCACUUAUAUGACACAAAUAUACCCGGGCAAAAGUGGGAAAUCUGGAGUGUAUAUUUCAACGAGGUGGAGGACGACCAGCUUUGGCUUAAAGGCGAAGAGUUCAAGUAUGUGCCCAGGUGACGGAGAAGCAGGACUUAAAACUGUCGACAGAAGUAUCCCUCAAAAAGCCCGGCAUGGUUCAAGAGGUUAGUUGCAAGCCGCAGGUACAAAGGUCAAGCCCGGUCGACCGCAUGCCGACCCAUCGCUCUUAGUCAGACCAUUCCUAUUUUGAGCCCGCCA